GACUGCGAAAUAUGUAAUUGCAAUUGCGCAACGAAAGCCGAGCUAAUAAAGCAUACAUCUGAAGAGCACAAUUCGGAAAUAUUAUGCGUGAAUUGUUCAAAGGCCUUCGAUUUGCCCAAUGAGUUGAGGAAGCAUAAAAAACUCAUUCAUGAGACCGAUUCACCAGUGCAUUGCGAUUACUGCAAAGAAACUACGUUAAUACCUCGAAGUCACCUUCUUCAGCAUUUUGAAAAGAGACACAAACCUCAGUGUCUUAAGUAUUUUCCACGUAUGUUUAAAGGGUACAAAUGUAAAUAUUGUACAAAAGUCGUCACAUGCGCAGUGGAAUUGGAAGACCAUGUGAGAACACACGUACUCUUUAAAUGCCAGUUUUGCCCGAAGUAUUAUACAACAGCGCGAACUUACUCUGGUCAUGCCAUGCGAAUACACAACCGUUCAGUAAAUUGCCUUCCAUCUACACCAAUUGUUAUCGAAGAAGUUGGAUAUGAGAAAGAUAAACGGAUUGAAUGCAAAAUUUGCCACAGAAGCUAUGGAAAUCGUAGCGCAUAUAAAAGACAUAUCAAACAACAACAUAACACUGUUAAACACGGUGGCAAAAAUCUAAGUAAAGAUAUUCAACCGAUGGAAUAUUUAGUAGGUUACGUUAAAUCUAAAUCUACAACACAUAGAAAGGAAAUUAAUCAAGAUGGAUUAAGCCAAAAGAAAACUGACCGCGGUGGUCAGGAACCGGCUAUGCCUAACCUCGACGAAAUUAGAGAAAAUCCUAAAUCGAAAGAAAAAAAGAUGUACUUAUGUUCAUAUUGCCCCCGUAUUUUAACGUCUACACACGCUUUGGAAAUACAUGAGGGAAAACAGCAUUUGAAUAAAGCAAUUAAACUUAAGGAAUGUCCAGUAUGCAAGAAAAAAUUCAGCNUAUUUUAA